AACUUCCGCUGCCGCCGAUCACGUCACGUCAGGAUUGAAUCAGUAUAAGUCCAGCUUUAUUCCUCAACUUGUAUUCCCACAAUAGUCAAAUAGAAGAUAAGAAGCCAUAGUAACCCACAUUCUAUCAAAAUUUACAUUGCAAAACUAUGGCGACCCUCAAAACUUCACUUGCAACUCAGGCGGACUCGCUAGCCAUCAUAAUACCCAGCAAGCCCUCUGCGCUUAAAGUAUCGUAUGGGCAAUUGGCAGCUGAGGUGUCUUCUUUUCAAAGCAAACUUGCGGCUCUGGGAAUUACUUCUGCAGCGGCCGUCUCAAUUGCGUUACCCAAUUCUUACGAAUUCGUCGUUUCCUUCCUUGCGGCUUCAUGGCAGCGGGCUAUCGCGGCUCCUCUUAAUGCCGCAUACAAGCAAGACGAGUUUGAAUUCUAUAUUGACGAUCUCAAAUCAGCUGUCGCACUUGUGCCAAAGGGUGCGUACAAGGACAAUGUACCUGCAGUCAGGGCUGCAAGAAAAUACAAUGCAGCAAUUGCCGAGUGUUAUUGGAAUGGUCAUGAAGUUGCUCUGGACGUUAAGGAGCUUGGCAAGCUCCAAGGGAAACAGAACCAAGCCCUGCAAAGAGCGCAACCAGACGACAUUGCUUUGGUUUUGCACACAAGCGGAACAACAGGUAGACCAAAGGCGGUCCCUUUGACGCAUAGAAAUCUCACCCGUACUAUGAAAAACAUCCAAGGCACAUACAAACUAACCCCCAAGGAUAGAACCAUGCUUGUGAUGCCCCUGUUCCAUGUUCACGGGCUCCUUGCUGGCCUACUCGCACCCUUGGCCUCUGGAGGAUCUGCCAUUAUUCCUUUGAAAUUUUCUGCUUCCGAGUUCUGGAAUGAUUUUCUUCAGCAUGGCGCAAAUUGGUACACAGCGGUUCCGACAAUCCAUCAAAUUCUGCUUCGGAACCCGCCCCCGCAAACAAAGCCUGAUAUUCGAUUCAUUCGAUCGUGCUCAUCCCCAUUAUCACCAAAGGUGUUCCAUGAUCUGGAGAAGACCUUUGAUACUCCGGUACUGGAAGCUUACGCUAUGACGGAAGCUGCACACCAGAUGACCUCGAAUCCUCUACCUCCUGGCAAGCGGCAGCCAGGAAGUGUAGGCAUUGGCCAAGGGGUAGAGGUUCGGAUUCUGGACGAUCAAGGCGUCGAGGUUCCCCAGGGCUCAGAAGCUGAAAUCUGCAUCAAGGGCGAGAACGUCACAAAGGGAUACCUGAACAACCCAGCGGCCAACAAAUCAUCCUUCACUAAAGAUGGAUUUUUCCGAACUGGCGACCAAGGCAAGAAAGACAAGGACGGUUACCUAAUCAUUACCGGUAGAAUUAAAGAACUCAUCAACAAGGGCGGUGAGAAGAUCAGUCCGAUCGAACUCGAUAAUGUCCUGGCUCAGCAUCCUGCCGUGGCAGAGGCUGUUUCUUUUGCGAUAGCCGACGAAAUGUACGGGCAGGACAUUGGUGUCGCUGUCGUUCUCAAAGAUGGCAAGCAGCUUAGCCAAGAUGAACUCCGAUCCUGGGUAGUGCAGAGAGUGGCCAAAUUUAAAACUCCCAAAAAGAUAUACUUUGCAAAGGUGAUGCCAAAGACGGCUACCGGAAAGAUCCAACGCAGAAUGGUUGCCGACGCUAUGCUCAAACAAAGUGAACCAAAGGCCAAAUUAUAAACCUGUGCAAUGAAUUCAGGGCUCGACGCACCCGCCAGCCGCGUGGUUGUAUUGAAUGAGGAUAACCAGAAACGAAAAUUUUCAGGCUUAAUCAAUACUAUUGGGUUCGACGUUCAUGCCUAGCACAUAAUUCAGAGUCUGCAUAUUUCGGAAUUGUUUUGAUGCGAUAUGACAAUCUUGUCAUUGAACCUAAAGGGGCCAUGGCUCUCUAUUUUCCUGCAUAUAGCUCAUUUCUAUCAUUACAUAUAUAUAUGUCUAAGGCUUCAAAACGCCAAUCUUGAAGGGGUAUAUUUGAACC